GUUGUCAUCGAUCCUCGACUUGAACUCUGAUGCCUGUUGCACAAGGCUUGGAGCUCCGCAAACAGUUGAGUUCGAACACUCUCGCUAUUGCUGAACUUGAAUCUGUAGGACUGGAAGGCGCAGUCCAAGAUACAGCCAUACGUACACUGGCAUCCGAAAUCGACCGGAAGAAAAUAUCCGCCAUCAAAAAAAUCCUAGACUCCGGCGCCGACCCGAACCUGGCGGACAAGUUUGGUUGUACUGCUCUACAUUGGAUGCUGCGCUUGUUCUGGCGGCCGAAAAGCCGCAGCGCGCAACGGCCAUCGAGCACACACGAGCAGUUACGAUCCCCGAUAUACACCUUUGAACUGUUGGAAAUGGAUGUCAACAAAUCGCCUUUUACGCACGGAGGCAACGUCAAAUCGCGCAACUUUCCAUGUGGGUUACCGCUUGCUGCUGCAGUCAGACGAGGUUUCGUAGAGGGAACCAAAGUACUGAUGGGGUCGAUAUCGACCACUGCGACGAUCUUAGGCAAACACCUCUUACUAUUGCAGUUGAACGCAAUCUAGUGGAGGUUGCCAAGCUACUCAUUGAUGCUGGGGCCGAUAUCAACUACUGCAGCGAUAUAGGCAGUCCACCUCUUGCUAUUGCAGUUGAACGCAACCGAAUGGAGGUUGCUGAGCUGUUCAUUGGUGCCGGGGCCGAUAUGAACCACCGAGACAAAUUUUGG